GCCGCGAUGUGGAAGAUUGUGGCGCGCGCACAAGAUCAAAGGAACCCCUCGAAAACAUCCAAUUCAAUCGCAUAACAAGAAUGCGCGCCACUAGGACCACGCACACAACUCGAGUCUGCAUUCCAGUUUUCAGAUCGGCGUAGGACGACAUGCUACCGCUCUCACAAACGUUUCUUUUAAUUCGGAAUUAACUUUUGCUUCCUUUCGCGUUUCUGUUUAUAUUACUUCAUAUUUCGGAAUCUAGGAGACCGACUAAAGGAGGGGGGAAAAAAGUGUCGGGAGGGAGUGCUAAAGCGUGUGUGCUCGACUUCGCGGCAACUAGGCUAACCCAGUUGGCUGGUUUUCUGUGCGCGGUUAAAGCUUUCCCAUGUGUGGUUUCUACCUUCUCCAGUGUUGCCGGUGUAGCGUUUUAAUGCUUGUUUUAGUGUCCCUUCAAAGGCGCCAAAUGAAAAGUCUCAGAUAAUUUCUUUUCUGUGUUCCACAAAUUGCGAAGUUUUUCUGUUUUUUAACUGUUAUGUUCUUCUGAAAACUACACACAACAGAGGGAUUGAGCCGUGAGAGAAACGGUGUUGCUAAAAUUGGACCACGGCGCAUGACUAAGUUGUAAGGAAGGAUUUGAUUGGCUAUCCGACGCCGAUGCUCGCUAGUAAUUGGGUGUUAUUAGAUUGCUUUUGCAUAGUAUUCAUGGCGGAUUCAAAACGUGUGUUGGGGGCUGCCGAUAUCCUGUGUAAAAAUUAAAUUUCUUGUGGACUUAUGACUAUGCCGCACAUGAGUUCGGGAGGCUCUGAGGAUUUUUAUUCUACCGAUGAGGUGAAGGUGUACAAAGAUGAAGGAAAUAAGGACGAAGAAAAGCGUUCCUCGGAAAACUUGAACGAGGAAAAGUUGGGGCUUGUCACUGAGUCGGAAGAGGGCAAGAAUACUUCUAUCCAAGGAAAUUUUAGCGGCCCGGAGAAGUCGAGCAACACAGUUCCCGAUGACG